GUGUAUGUGCCGCGGCUCAUUUAAACAUGAAUAACGAAUCUGAUACAGAUCGGGAAAUAGACGAAAGAAUCGAAAUAUUGAAGAAUAAAUAUCUGCAGAAGACCAAUCAGGUGAGUGUGGACGAGCACAAGGCUGGAGAUCACUCUGUGAUGCUGAUUGAGUUAGAAUAACAGACCGGAAGCUUUAAAGGAGGCUGGUGCUGGAGAUCAUUCUUCUUCCUCUGUUAACCGCAAGGAAACACGUGCAGUCAUCAUUGCGCUGCACACAAAGGAUUCACAGGCGAGACUAUUGCUGCUAGGAAGAGUGCACCUACAUCAACCAUUUAUGGGAUCAUGAGAACUUCAAGGAGAGAGGUUGAGUUGUUGUGAAGAAGGCUUCAGGAUGGUGUUGGUGCGAGGUCGGGGCAGCACCCGUGCAGAGCUCGCUCAGGAAUGGCAGCAGGCAGGUGAGAGUGCAUCUGAACGCACAGUGAGGUCAAGACUCUUUGAGGAUGGCCUGCUGUCAGAAGCCACUUCUCUAGGAAACACAUCAGGGACAGACUGAUAUUCCGCAAAAGGUACUGCUGAGGACCGGGGUAAAGUCAUUUUCUCUGAUUGGUUGGGGCAUCCGGAAAAAAGAUUGUCCGGAGAAGAAAAGGUGAGCGCUAGAAUCAGUCCUGUGUCAUGCCAGCAGUGAAGCAUCCUGAGACCAUUCAUGUGUGGGGUUGCUUCCCAGCCAAGGGAGUGGACUCGCUCACAAUUCUGCCUCAGAACACAGAAUGGCACAAAAACAUCCUCCGAGAGCAACUUCUCCCAACCAUCCAAUGAUCGUGAUGAACAAUGCCUUUUCCAGCACGAUGGAGCACCUUGCCAUGAGGCAAAACAGGUGUCCAGUAUCUCGCACACAUUUGGACUGACAUCAGAAGAUGCUGGGAGGAAGACGUUUAGAGAGAGAAGAGACCUUCACAGGACUCUUUCUGCUCCACCUCAGAGUGAAGCUGAUAGUGAUGAAGAUGAUGGUCUUGAAGAAACAAACAUGUUUUACACAGAGACAGAUGUGACGUUACCAUCGAAUCUGACCCGUUCCUCCAGCUGCUGUGUGAGGGAGUUGAGGGGUAGAGACGUCACGGAUGGAGCUCAGAGCGGCGCAGCAGCCGUGCAUGUGUACCAGGAGAUGAUGCGCAUUUAUGAGAAGCUGCAGGCGGAGCGUGUCAGUCAGCAGGUCUGGGCUGCAGAACUGUGCGAGCGUGAGCGUGAGCUGCAGCGGAGAGAGAACACACUCCUGCAGCACCAGCGCAACAUUCACAAACUCAGAGGAGCGGAGGAGGAGCUACAGCAGCAACAUCAGCCAGAGACAAGUGAGUUAAAAGAAGCUCUGAAGCAGAAGACUAAAGACAUGAAAAGAAUCCAGUGCAGUUUUGAUUCUCUGAAGGAAUUCAAUGAUUGUCUGAAGAAGCAGCUUCAUGACGUCAGCGAGCAGAAGAGAACAUUGGAGAGUCGGUGUGGUAAAGUUCAGGCCCGUCUGGAGAAUCUGCAGAGGAGGUUUGAGAACUCGAAGGCACACAGCGGGCGAGAAAAUGUCUUUCCUAAAGCUCACGACCCCAAAGCCAGCACAGAAGAACACCCACCGUCAACUAAAACAAGCAAGGACGGCGGCGCUCAUGGACCUGCACUUAAACUCACGGCGGUUCUGUUGGAUUGGGUCGUGGAUGAGCAGCUCCUUGAGUUCAGAGAGAUGUCAAACAUCACCGGCCGUCUGCCGUCACUGCAUCACAGAUGCUCAACGGUUCUGCCGCUGCUGGUGGAUUUUCUGCAUCAGAUGUCAGUGAUGGAGUCGUCUCUUCAGUUAUCUCUGCUGCGCUGCAUUUACUGCUGUCUGUCACGACUACAACACAGCUCACAGCACGCUCCUCUCACCUCCACGUUGAGGAGAUUGGGUGAGGAGGUGUCUCGUGGAGCGGGUGACCGCCGCCGCGGCUCUCGGGUGUGUCCUCUGUAUAAGAGCUCGUGUCCACACACUCGAUUCCUGAGCAGCCUCAUCAUCAUCAGAAGCGUCAGCCAAGUGGAUGUUCUGGCUCAGGCUCUGGACGUGUUGUCGUGUGAUGUGAGGACAGAUGAAGGUCAGCAGUUGUUUCUACGGUAUCGCGCUCUCUCGGCUGUGUUGACUCUGUUGAGAGGUGGCAGUCCUAGACCUCUGACGCUGUCGGUGGAAAUCCUGCUUCAGAUGAGCUCACAGACACGACUUCUGUCUGGUUUUCUGGACGAGUGCAGUAAUGAAGAAUUCUUCCGCUGCAUCUCGCUGGUUCUGCGUAAUCCUCGUUUGGAUCCGGCGUUGUUGGAAAAGAUGUGUGUUGUCCUGCAGAAGCUCUCCAGUAUUCGGAAAAACAAGCGUCUCUUCGAAGCCUUUUCAUUACAUUUAUUACUGCAGGAGAUGCAUCGCACGACUGACCCGACUCAAACCUUCCUCAACAUCAACCUGAGCUCUAUUCUGCUUAACCUGGGCAUGCUCACACGCUCCUAACACGCUCCGAACACGCUCGCACUGAAAGAGACGGCGGUGUCUCUAGACGAUUAUCUGAGGACACGGUGACAGGUGUAAUAACUUCAGAAAGCGUGUCUCGCGGCUCAUAUGGACUGUUUUUGUGGUUCACAGUAUCAAUCAUAUUCUUUUUUCUUGUCAUGACUUCUUUAAUAAAUGUCCUUUAAUUCAGUUCAACUCUGUGA